AUGGAAGCAUUUAAACCAUUCUUAAGUUUUGCAAAAACUACAGCUAACGUUAGCGAUGUCCGAGUACCAGAAUAUACAGAAUUGACAAAUGUAGAGUCUUUUGAGAAUGAAAUUGGGAGAGCACAAUCAUCUAGUUCACAAGACACUCAAUCAAACAAUUCAGGAACAUCGAACAACGAUAUCAUUCAGGUUCAACCCUCAGCAGUUACACCUAGGUCAAGUGGAGGUCCUAAAGUUACUUUUGAACGAAAAACUCCCAUUGCCACCAAAGAAAACAGAAAACGCCACUCUCAACCAUCCACAUCUGUGAAAGAAAUAAUAACUUAUUUUAAAGGCAAAAAAGUCAGUUUUGAUGCAAUCGAUCAACUUUUUUUGGCUCACGCUUGUACGUUAAAAACUUUCUCUCCUAGAAGACAAAUAGAAACAAAAAUGAAAAUUGCGCAAGUCAUCAUGGAACAGGAGCUUCUUCAAUUAGGGGAAUGUCCCACAAAUCAAUCUAGAUCUGCAAGUGCAGAUACUUAUCCAAACGUCUCUUCCCUUAAAACAGAUUUUACCGAGAUAAAUGAAAAAAAUGGUUUUAUUAACCUUACCAACAAGGAAGAAUAUGUUAGCUACCAAUCAGCGAAACUGCAGGGUCCGUCCUCUGCUUCUACCACCAAGGCAGAUUAUGUUAGCUUCCAAUCAUCGUCACUGCAGAGUCUGUCCUCUGCUUCUACCAACAAGGACGAUUAUGUUAGCUACCAAUCAGCAUCAUUGCAGGGUCCGUCCUCUGCUUCUACCAACAAGGAAGAUUAUACACCUUUUGUUGAAAUUUCCACCGUAGAAGCCAAACAUCGAGUCCGCCGUAACAUCGGUCUGAAUUGUGACGACGAAUCCAACGAGACCAUCUGCUGCCGCUAUCCACUAAUGGUCGACUUCGAGGCCAUCGGCUUGGAUUUCAUAAUCGCUCCCAAGCGCUACGAUGCCUACAUGUGCUCAGGAGAAUGCCCUUAUGUAACGUUACAGAGCCAGGAAAAGGAAAGGUUUCGCAAAGCCUCUACAACCCCUUAUCUGGCUGCUGAGAAAAUCCUAUUGGAUCAUAUUUUAUUCCUGCAUGCGAUGAGUGGUUCUGAUACUACUUCUGCAUUGUUUAAUCAAGGGAAACUGAAAUUUCUUAAAGUCCUGCAGAAGAACAAAGAUUUGCAAUCGCUAAUUGAAUCUUUCAAAUACCCUAAUUUAAGUCAAGAUGAGAUUGCCACAGCAGGAAACAGGUUUCUCACGGCUCUAUAUGGAAAAAAAGAGACAAAACUAAACGAUUUAAGAUAUAAACAAUACGUAUCUUCAUCAUUCAAAAAUAAGACCAACAUUUCCUCAUUGCCCCCAUCUGAAGCUGCUGCACGAAAACAUUCACUGAGAGUUUACUAUCAGGUGCAGCAGUGGUUAUCCGGUCAAGCCACACCUAACUAG